AGAGAGAUAAACCUGAUAAAGACAAAAACAAAGAUAAAAAUGAGUACAGUAAAAUGGGUAGAAAGCCAAGGAAAUACAAGACACCACUCUUCUCUCCCAGUGACCUGAAAAGCCAAUGUCAUUCAAUGAAUUUUGACUGAGAAGGCACAGUGUCAGACAGGGUAUUAGUUGCUGGCAAUAUAAACAUGGAUGAGUACAUCCCAACAGGAUGGAUAACUGCAAUAUAGUGUAAUGAUAACACAAUGGAGAGAGUGGUUAGUCCCUUGGAUAAAACUUCUCUAUACCACUGAAAUGGAGCCCUGGUGGUGCAGUGAUUAAGAGCUUGGCUGCUAACCAAAAGGUCAGCAGUUCUAAUACACCAGCUGCUACUUGGAAAGCUAUGGGGCAGUUCUACUCUGUCCAGUAGGGUUGCUAUGAGUCGAAAUUGACUUGAUGGAAUGGGUUUGGUUUGGCUUAUAUCCCUAAAAUAGUUUAAUAUUUGUCAUCAUCUGCAUUUCCAUAUAUGACCUUUGACUUCUUUCUCUGCCUGGCCUUCCAAACCCAACUAGACCCCAAUUCAAUCAAUGUAUUGACUGUCAGAAAAACAUUUAUUAAGCAGUCACCAUGAGAAAGGCAGGGUGCCAGGCACAGCGGAGGCACAGAGAGGAGUCACCAGUCUCACUGUCAACAGAGGGGAAAUGAGAGAUUACAAUUAAAUUGAUCUCGUCAAACACCACUUAGAAGAACAGAAUCCUAGAGUUGGAAGGAACAUUUAUGAUCAUCCAGUUCAAAACUUCUUCUAAUGCAGGACUCCACUCUAUAAGUUGUUAGUCAUUCAGCUUCUGAUGGCAUUUUCCUAAAGACAGGGUGCCCAUUCUCCCCCAAGGAAGCCCAUUCCAUUGUGGUCAACUCUGGUGAUUGGAAAGUUUCCCUUUCUACUGAAUUGAACUCUGGCUCCUAUCAUCAAUCAUGAGGGACCAGUAAGAGGCAGCUAUGAUGGAUGCUAAAGUCACCAAAUGAAAAUGAAACUUACAAGAAGAUCACUAACUGAAAGAGUUCCCAGUGGCCAAAGCCAGAGCAAUUUGAAGAACAAAAUAAAGUUGUCCUGGAUUAUAACCUAAAGUAUAAGUAAAUGUCCAUGUGUCCAUACUGAUAUAAAUGAUUGAAUAAAUUACUAAAUGGGGGAGAAGAGACAAAAAUCCCAUGCAGAAUUCCAAAUAAAUUAUGUGGAUAUUCUAUCCUAAAUGAGUGUCAUGGAUUGAAUUGUGUUCUCCCAAAAUAUCUAUCAACUUGGCUAGGCCAUGAUUCCCAGUAUUGUAUUACUAUCCACUAUUUUGUCAUCUGAUGUGAUUUUCCUAUGUGUUGGAAAUCCUACCUCUAUGAUAUUAAUGAGGCAGGAUUAGAGGCAGUUAUGUUAAUGAGGCAGGACUCAAUCUACAAGAUUAGAUUGUGUCUUAAGUCAAUCUCUUUUGAGAUAUAAAAGAGAGAAGCCAGCAGAGAGACAGGGAAAUCUCAUACUACCAAGAAAGUAGAGCCAGGAGCAAAGCAUAUCAUUUGGUCCCAUGGUCCCUCCGCAGAGAAGCUUCUAGUCCAGGGGAAGAUGAUGAGAAAGUCCUUCUUUCAGAGCCAACAGAGACAGAAAGCCUUCUCCUGGAGCUGACACCCUGAAUUUGGACUUCUAGCCUCCUAGACUGAGAGAAUAAACUUCUGUUUGUUGAAGCCAUCCACUUGUGAUAUGUCUAUUAUAGCAGCACUAGAUAACCAAGACAGAGGGGAAAUAUAACUCCCUACAUGCAACCUACACUUAAGGGUAUAGAGACUUCCAAAGAGUACAGUAGGGAAGGGGUGGGGGAAGAGAAGUAACUUUACAGUAGAAACCUAACAAACACUACUUCAGCCAAGUGAUCAAGGUCAAUAACCACAGUCAUAAGUCAUGUUGAUAGUAUAUACCCUUGAUACAAUGUGAUGAAAAUGGCACUUUACCUCUGUCAUCCCCCUUCCAAAAACCUAUACAAAACCCCAAUCUAACCAUGAGAAAAACAUCAGACACAUUCCAAUAGAGGGACACAUUACAAUAUACCUGACCAGUGCCUCCCAAACUGUCGAGGUCAUCAAAAGCAAGGAAAGUCUGAGAAACUGUCACAGCCAAGAGCAACCUAAGCAGACACGACAACUAAAUGUAAUGUGUUAUCCUGGAUGGGAUCUGGAGCCCAAACAGGACAUUAGGUAAAAACUAAGGAAAUCUGAAUCAAGUAUGGACCUUUGUUAAUAAUAAAGUAUCAAUCAUGGUUCAUUAAUUGUAACAAAUGCACAAUACCUAAUACAAGAUAUCACUAACAGGGAAAACUAUACACUGGGAGUAUAUGGGAAUUCUCUGUUACCUGUUCAAUUUUCCUGUAAAUCUAAAACCUUCUAAAAAAUACAUAUUAAUAACGAAUAAAACUUGAGUAGCAAUUCAAAGUUCAUAAAAGUUUAGUUGGUGAAAAAAAGAUUUGGAACCUAUAUGCUCACCCUUAACAAUAACCCUCUUUAUUGUUCAUCCCCGCACUGCCCCCUCCCCCAAAACCACAACAUCUCACACACAAACUUAUUCCCAGUCACACAUUACCUGUUGUCAUGGAUUGAACUGUGUCCCCCAAAAAUGUGUAUAUCAAUUUGGCUAGGCCAUUAUCCCCAGUAUUCAGUGAUUGUCUGCCAUUUUGUCAUCAGAUGUGAUUUUCUUAUGUGUUGUUAAUUCUAUCUCUAUGAUGUUGAUGAGGUGCAAUUAAGCAGCAGCUAUGUUAAUGAGGCAGGACUCAAAUCUACAAGAUUGGGUUGUGUUUUGAGCCAAUCUCUUUUAAAAAUAAAAGAGAGAAGCAAGCAGAGAGACAAGGGGACCUCAUACCACCAAGAAAGAAGCACAGGGAACAUAGUUUGUCCUUUGGACCCAGGGUCCCUGCACUGAGAAGAUCCUCCACCAGGGGAAGAUUGAUGACAAGGACUUUUCUCCAGAGCCUACAUUUUUUUUUUUUUUUACAGAGAGAGAAAGCCUUCCCCUGAAGCUAGCACCUUGAAUUUGGACUUCUAGCUUACUAGCCUGUGAGAGAAUAAAUUUGUUUGUUGAAGCUAUCCACUUGUGGUAUUUCUGUUAAAGCUGCAGUAGGUAACUAGUGUAAUGUGGUGGAAGCUACUAAGAAACAGGUUUCAACAGAAAAACACUUUUAACAAUUACGUCGAAUUUAAGGCAGUCAGCACAGUGUAGUCGUUAAGAACAUGGAUUUGAAUCCCAAUCCCAGUAUUUUCUAGCUAUGAGGUCUUUGGCAAUUUAUUUAACACCUCUAAACUUGUUUCCUCAUCUGUAAAAUUGGACUAAUAUAAUCCCACUUUAAUUCAUUAAACAAAUACUUACUGAGUGCUUACUAUGUGCCAGGCAGUGUUCUAGGUACUAGGGAUACAGAAGUGAGCAAAAUGGACAAAAAUCUGCUGCAUCCACAGGGUUUAAAUGGAGCUUCGAAUCUAGUGGAGUCAUCUGUAUAUAAGUGAUAUUUUGAUAUUUCAAGACAUGAGACUCGAUGAGAUCCUUAAAGGAGUGAAUGUGAACAGAGAAAAGGAGAGAUCCAGGGACUGAACCUUGGGACACUCUAAUGUUUACAGUCUGCCAUAUUUGUAAUACACUAGGUGAGGAGUUAACAUUCUCAUUAUACUAGAACUCUUGGAAAUCCAAAUUUAAAAAUCACCCCAACAGAAAAAAUGGGCAAAGGACAUGAAUAGACAAUAAGAGAAUGUUCAAUAAAACCACCCUUCAUCUAUCAAACUGAUAAAGAUUUAAAUAAUAAUCACACUGUCAUGAGUUUUAUGAGAUGGGCACUCAUGCCUCCCUGGAAGGACUAUAAACAAAUACAGUCUUUCAGGGAAGCAAUUUGAUAAUUUGUAACAACAGUUUUUUAAAUGCUUAUAUCCCUAAUCCCUGGGUGGUACAAACGUUAAUGCGCUUGGCGGCUAAUCCAAGGGUUGGCAGUUCAGGUUCAUUCAUAGGUGACUCGCCAGGCAAUUUACUUCCAAAAAAUCAGCCACUGAAAACCCUAUGGAGCAAAGUUCUACUUUGACAACUUGAUGGCAUUUGUUUUUUUAAUACUUAAUCAAGUAAUCCUACUUUAAAAACCCAUCCUAAAGCAACCAUUAGAUAUGAGUCAGAAAUAUAGGUUCAAAGAUAUUUAUCAAAGAGUUAUUUAUAGUAGCAAAAAUUGUAAAACAAUCUAAAUGAUCCAACAAUAAAGGAAUGGUUUAAAAAAAUCCAUUUUAGACUAUUAUUAAAAAAAAAAACCAAACUCAGUGCCGUCAAGUCGAUUCCAACUCAUAGUGACUAUUUAUGUAGCCAUAAAAUCAUGACUUUAAAUAAUUUUUAAAGGCAGAAAAAUGCUUACAAUAUAAUGUAAAGUCGGGGAAAACAUGAUAUAAAAUUGUAUUUAUUAUGUGGCUAUACAGAAAUGAAAUGGAAAGGAGACUUUGAAAUAUUAAUAAUGGUUAUCACUACAUCAUGGCCAUGGAAUAACAGGUAUUUUUCUUUAUACCUUUAUGUUUCCAAAUUCUUUACAUAAAUGUAUAUUACUUAAUGUUAUGGAUUGAAUUGUGUUCCCAAAAAAUAUGUGUUUAAUUCCUAACCUGUGGUUAUAAUCCCAUUUGGAAAUGGGUUGUCUCUGAUAUAUUAAUGAGACAGGAUUAGUGUAGGGUGUAUCUUGAAUCAAUCUGUUUUGAGACACAAAAGAGAUUAAAGGAAAGCGAGCAAGCAGGAAGAUGGAGGAAGAAAGAUGCCAAGGCACAUGAAGAUCACCCAGGAACAGAGCUGAAAAGAAACAAAGACCAUUCUCCAGAGCUGACAGAGAGAGAAAGCCUUCCCCUAGAGCUGGUGCCCUGAAUUCAGACUUCUAGACUCCUAAACUGUGAGAAAAUGAAUUUCUGUUUGUUAAAACCACCCAUUUAUGGUACUUCUGUUAUAGCAGCACUAAAACCAAUAACAAAACAAAACCCACUGCGGGCGAGAGGAUUCUUUUGACUCAUAGUGACCCUAUAGGACAGAGUAGAAUUGCCCCAUAGGGUCUCCAAGAAGCACCACCUAGUAGAUUCAAACUGCUGACCUUUUGGUUAGCAGUCGUAGCUCUUAACCACGAUGCUACCAGGGUUUCCCCAUAGCAGCACUAGAUAACUAAAAUACUUCUAUAAUUAGAAAACAAAAAUAAUGGUUUUCUUUGUUUUUAAGAAAGCUACCAGGCAGGGCACAUCUCCCUCUUUUCCAAUAAAGUCUGGAAUACAUUUCAUUGAGCUAUAUAAUUCUUGUUUAGGACAUUUGUUUGAUAUUGACUGAAAAACAAAUAUCCAAAAAUAAAAAGACCUGCAAAGCAACGUAGUGAGUUCUUUUACCAAAGUUUCAAUAGAGGUUAGAUAACAAUGUACCAAAUACGAUUUAUCAAAGAAAGGAUUCAUGCUUACUGUAGAGGAUUCGCUAUGAUUCCCAUUGUCUAGCACUGUGCCUGGUAUAUAGUGAGUGCUCAAUAAAUAUUGGUAGAAUAAAUGAAUACAUGAUUUCUAAGCGCCCUUACAAGCUUGAGAUCUUUUGAUUAAUAAUGCCUCCCCACACCAUUCCAGUCCUCCUUGCUCUCUCCCUUCUCUGGACUGUGGAAACAAUCAUAUUAUGAACCAUGAAUUUAAGAGCAUUUGAUUAUAUACUGUAUUGUCUUUUAUUGUUCUAUAGUUACAAUAAAGGACAGCAUACACGAGUUUAAAUCUUGUCUCCUUAAAAAGAGUGCUAGUUCCUGGAAAUCAAUUCCAUUCAAUUAACUCUCAUCGGGCAGUAUGUAUUAAGUACUAGUCCUUGCCCUCCAAAAUCCUAGAGUCUGAGAAUAGAAACAUUAAAAGAAAGUGAGUAUAUGCAUGCGUAUGCAAGCAGUAUGCAAAAAUGCUAUCUAAAGUCAGACAGGGGAAUAAUUAAUUCUGCAAGAAAGGGGUCCAGGAAAGGUACAGGUAGGAGGUAGUAUUUGAGUUGUCUCGAUUGACAAACAGGAAUUCGCUAGGCUCUCAGACAGGGAAAUAAUAUUAAUAGACUCGGGGGUGAGGGGGGGCUGAUACCAUUGCAAAGAGUCAGAGGUACAGGAGUGAGCCUUUCUCGCUUCUGCUUUAAUACCUCUUCCCUAUUGCGCGAAACAAAAGUGCGGUCCACUGGCACGAAUCGACAGAGUAAUGGGAGCCAAGGGAUACAGGGCAGGAAGCUAAAGGGGUUGAUCCAACAGGCCGCUGGAAAGUGUUGUCUAUCUCGCAGCCCAGGCCCGGGGAGCUAGUCAGGGAUCGGCUUUGCCACUGAACCCUCAGGCCUCUUCCAACCACCACUCCCACGACCCUAGCAAUCCUCGGCAGGUCCUCGUCCCGGCUUCAUCAGCGCCCUCGUCCCAGACGCAGCUAUGCUGCACACGGAGGGCCACGCUCUUCUUCGGGCCGUGGGUCAGGGUAAGCUACGCUUGGCCCGUUUGCUUCUGGAGGGGGGCGCCUACGUGAAUGAGGGUGAUGCCCAGGGGGAGACUGCACUAAUGGCGGCCUGUCGGGCCCGGUACGACGACCCCCAGAACAAGGCGCGCAUGGUACGCUACCUCCUGGAACAAGGCGCAGACCCCAACAUCGCAGAUCGCCUGGGGCGCACGGCGCUCAUGCACGCUUGCGCCGGAGGUGGGGGUGCCGCCGUAGCCUCGCUGCUCCUGGCCCACGGCGCAGACCCCUCUGUCCGAGAUCACGCAGGCGCCUCCGCGCUUGUCCACGCACUGGACCGCGGGGACCGAGAGACCCUUGCCACGCUGCUGGAUGCCUGCAAGGCCAAGGGCACGGAAGUCAUCAUCAUCACAACCGACACCUCGCCUUCGGGCACCAAGAAGACCCGGCAGUAUCUCAAUUCUCCACCGUCCCCGGGGGUGGAGGAACCUGCUGCAGUUGCCCUUAGCCCGGGGGCCUGCACGUCGCCUUCGGAAAUCCAACUGCAAACUGCAGGAGGAGGAGGGCGGGGGUUGUUAUCCCCUCGCGCUCAAGAGGAAGAGGAGAAGCGGGACGUAUUUGAAUUCCCUCUUCCUAAGCCCCCCGAUGACCCCUCCCCUUCUGAACCUCUUCCCAAGCCACCCCGUCACCCCCCAAAACCACUCAAAAGGCUCAACUCCGAGCCCUGGGGCCUAGUGGCCCCUCCCCAACCAGUCCCGCCUGCCGAGGGGAGGCCGGGGGUCGAACGCCUGACUGCUGAGUUCAAUGGCCUGACGCUGACCGGUCGACCCCGUCUUUCUCGACGUCACAGCACGGAAGGCCCGGAGGAUCCGCCUCCGUGGGCGGAGAAAGUGACGGGAGGCUGGGCUCUCUCUCGCCGAAACACCGCGCCAGAGGCUCAGGAGUCUGGUGCCCCUUCAGGGCUGAGGCAGAAACUGAGUCGAAUGGAGCCGGUGGAGCUCGACACCCCCGGACAUCUUUGCCCCGACUCGCCAGAGUCUAGCCGCCUGUCCCUAGAGCGCCGCCGUUACAGCGCCUCCCCGCUGACCCUCCCUCCAGCCGGCUCGGCUCCCUCUCCGCGCCAGUCCCAAGAGAGUUUGCCAGGGGCUGUAUCUCCGCUGAGUGGGCGGAGGCGGAGUCCUGGGCUGCUGGAGCGGAGGGGCUCGGGGACGUUGCUCCUGGACCACAUCGCUCAAACGCGGCCGGGCUUCCUGCCCCCACUCAACGUCAGCCCCCAUCCUCCCAUCCCCGACAUUCGCCCCCAACCCGGAGGUCGGGCGCCUUCAUUGCCCGCCCCUCCCCAAGCGGGGGCGCCAGGUUCUCCCAGGACCAAGCGCAAGUUGGUGAGGCGCCACUCCAUGCAGACUGAGCAGAUCCGCCUGCUAGGGGGCUUCCAGAGUCUAGGCGGGCCAGGGGAGCCAGGGCGCUGAGGGAAGUGAGAGGAGCCAGGGAGGGUGGGUAUCAGGGCCUUGAUGGGACAGGUGGGGGAACCAGCUCACACACACCAUGGACAUAGGGGUCGCUUACAUGUGCUCAUGGGCACAGUACACGUACACAUGGGUAAACAUGUGUCCACAAGCACAGUACUCUUACUUGCUUGAGAAGGGUCAAUUCUCUACUUGCUGGGCAUAGAGACACAUGCAUUCAUUCCCUGGUCACUUUACAUGCAUGUGAGAUUACUUGUGUACCCACAAGCAUGGUACACUGGUAAACACACAGGAUCACUUGUGCUAGGGCUCCAAAUGGGCCCCAAACUUACCGCAUUUGUUCAGAAGCAGUAGGGAAACCCCUCCUUUGGGGGUCAUCCUUGAUCUCUUUGGCCUCCUGCUGAAAACGUCACCUAAAUAACAAUCCCUUGCUUUCCAUGUGUGCCCUACGACCAGACCCCAUCAUGAUUUUGCCCACACUACCCUC